AUGGGGAGAAGUCCAUGUUGCUCCAAGCAGGGAUUGAACAGAGGGGCAUGGACUGCCCUAGAAGAUAAAAUACUAACUUCUUACAUCAAAGCCCAUGGUGAAGGCAAAUGGAGAAGCCUCCCAAAGAGAGCUGGUUUGAAGAGAUGUGGGAAGAGCUGUAGACUUAGAUGGCUAAACUAUCUGAGACCAGAUAUAAAGAGAGGCAACAUAUCCGGUGAUGAAGAAGAACUCAUUGUCAGACUCCAUAACCUUCUUGGCAACAGAUGGUCUCUAAUAGCUGGAAGGCUACCGGGGCGAACAGACAAUGAAAUCAAGAACUACUGGAACACAACUUUGGGGAAGAAAGCUAAAGGAGAGCCAACUUCCACCGGAUCAUCAAAAGAAACUUCUCCACCCCCAACCAAAUCCAGAGCCAAAAGGCGAGAAAUCGAGUCGAAAACAACGAAACCAUCAGCAGCAGCAGCCGCAGCCACUCGGCCUCCAGUAAUAAGAACCAAGGCCACAAGGUUGACCAAAGUUUUAGUCCCAACAAUCCCUCAGAUUCCUAGCGAUGAUUAUAAUCAGACGGCCAAUGCUUCAUCUUCCACAAAGCCAUCAGAGCUCCAAGCUCAUCAAACCCAGUUGACAGAUCAACAAGUUAAUGUAGGGGAUUGCACUAACAACUUGAACAACAACUAUGGCUGCACCGAUGAAGAUGAUGAUAUUGAAGCUAAGGGUGGGUUCUGCAAUGCGUUUCAGUCUCUGCCACUAGACGAGGCUAUGAUCAAUGCCACGUGGACGGGUGGAAACGAUUGUGAUCUUGAAGACUACGGUGCCACAUUGGAUUUAGAUUCUUUGGCUUUUUUGCUUGACUCCGAGGGAUGGCCAUCGCAAGAGAAUAUUUCCUAA